GGGCCGCUCCGCGCAUGCUCCCCCAGAUCGCGCGACAUCUCGCGAAGUCUCGGGUUGCCGUAGCGACAGUAUCACCAGGUGGACGCCACAAAGCGCGAGCAGGGAGAGGCGGCGGUCCGCUAGGGCAGCGCCGCUGGAUCUCGGCCGCUGAGGUAGUGCCCGGGUCACGGAGGCGAGGGGCGACGCACGCGGUGGGGGGCAGCCACGGAAUGUGCUUUCAUAGCAACCGGCAAGGAAAAUGGCUGAUGCAGAGGAAGCAGGGGAGAUCCUUGGUGAAGAAGAUCAAGCUGAGGUACCAGACACUGCUAAGCAAAUGAUAGAGCAUGCACCUGUAAUAAUACCACAAGUAGAAACCAAUCACGUGGAUACAGCAGAGAAAUCUUUGCAUCUGGAUGAGCCAACAGAGGCAGCACAGUUAAUUGAGGAGCAGGAACUGGCCUCAGGGGAGCAAGUUCCAAGGGAAGCAGGGCAGGAACUGACCACAGAGCAACCAGCUCCAAGGGACAGAGAACAGGAAUGGGCCCCUGGGGAAGUAGAGCAGGAAUUUGCCUCAGAAGAACAAGAGCUGUCAAGUGCAGAGCAGCAGGAACUCAUUCCUCAAUACCUGCGUCUUGAGGAUGAUCAAGAAGAACUGCUUGAAGGAGGUGGACCAGGUAUCUCUCUGCCUGCUCCUUCAUAUGUAGAAACAACUGAGGACAGAUCUCAAAUCACUACUGACAAGUUUAUGGAGUUGUUAGCAUCUGAACGGUACGACUUGAAGAAGGCUCCAUUGGAGGCUUUGGAAUCCGAGAUGAAACCACUACCAGAAUGGAUGACAAGUGCUACAGCAACAGUUAAAAUCAUGUUAGUUCCUGAUAUCCAGAUGAUCACAAUGGCUUUUAACAUAUACCAGACUGCAGGGAACCUCAAGCAGUACUUUGCAACACAGCUAAAAAUACCAGAGAGUGUUUUACAGUUCCUAUUUCAAGGAAGGAUGAUUGAAGAUAGUGAGACUCUAUUGAGUAUUGGAGUUAGGCCUCAUGAAACUGUCCAGAUUGAGAUGUUAUCUCUUGAUCCAGAAAAUUAUCCAAUCAGACCAAUUAAAUUGCAGCAGGAAUACAACAUGCCCGAUGUCAUAACUGUCAGAGUGGAAGCAGAUGCCAAUACAUUCCAGGAUGUAGCAGUAGAGAUUGAAAGACCUACCUACCGUAAACCAUUUCUGGGGGGAUUUAAGCAUAGAGAAACAGGUGUAGAAUUUCAUAAUGCAGGAUCACAAACCAUACCCAAAAAACGACCUGGCAAAGGAAUUGAAGUAUUCUGUCGAGAGACUCAGACUACUGUUGAGAAGAACAAGCAGCAACAGACUAGAAAUACAACCUCCACUCAAAUGACUAAAAUUGGUGUCUAUGUGUCAAAUAUGACAGAUAAACUAAUAAAACCAGGAAAAUAUCUUACAGCAGACGAAUAUCAUAAACACAGGCUUGAUGCAGUGGUAAUAAUACAGACUUACUUGCGACGAUGGCAUGCCAUAAAUGCAGUACGGAAAUUAAGACAAGAGAAAAGGUUACGGUUGGAAUGGGAGGCACAAGAAGAAGUAAGAAGGAAAAAAGAGAAGGAAGAAAAAUUGAGAAGGGAGCAUGAGCGAAGAUUGAAUCCUAAAACAAAGGAAGACUUUGAACUGCUUUAUAAUGCUUUAGAAUUGUGGAGACAAGAGGAGAUUGCGCAUAUUAACAGCACUCUCGGUGGAGCUGAAAGAAAAGCAGCCCUCUGUUCACUUCUAGAACAAGAGACACAGCUGAUUGCUUCUAUUGGGAGACACAAACUAAAUGCAGAUGAAGAGAACCAGCAAAAAGCGAUACUAUAUUUUUUGGAUAAGUGUGCCGAACCAAAGAAAUGGAAAGCAUUUGAUGGAAAAAUCACUGAAAUGGAUACUCAGUAUACACUCCGUGCCAGAGAACUGCUUGAAAUCUACCACAGCAUUAGUAUGAAAGACCUCCUACAAGAUGAGAGGCUAGAUGUACUGUUAACACUCAGACAUACUGUGAAGGAGCAUGACUGUAAGCUCACACAGGAAAUUGUGGAAUUAAUUGACAGAGAGGUUGACCUUAUGAUGAGAGGAGUGAAAAGAUGCAAUCUUGAAGGACUGAGAAAAAGAAUAUGCACAUUGUUUCUUCAGUAUAUUAAAACGCCAACCUUUAACCCUGAAGUUGCUAGAGUACUUAAGGUUCCACCAGAUCCCUUAAAGCUUUAUAAAAACAUUAACUUUUGUCGUGGUUGUGAAAAUUGCCUACCGUCUACAGAAUUCUCCAUACCUGCCAAUUCACUCACUGUUGGCAGAUGCCGACGGUGUUGCAAGCUUGAUAAUGAGGCUCGGCAGCGAGAAGCCUUUUUGAAAUACAAAUUUAUGCUCAAAAAUCUCAGAAAAUCUGAAGCAGAUUAUCAGGAUGAUACUAAAAUUGCCUUUUUGGUUCAGCAACAAGAUCUUCAGUACAUGGUUGAGAACAUAUGGGGUUGUCAAUCAGCUCUUAGUGCCUGCAAUGACCUUUAUGAUUUGGUCAUGGUUAGAUGGGAUAAACAUUAUGAAUGGUCUCCAUGGAAUACUAUCCUCCUCACCGAAGAUGAAGCGAAGGCACAUCUUAAGCUGAGCAGCCUUGAGGAGGCUUAUGAAAUGGUGUUUAUUCAUAGGAUAAAGCACAAACAUGUUCUGGCAAAAAACUAUUUCUCUCAGAUUCCAGAGAUGGCAUCUUUUUUGCAUAGAGGUGACAGGCAGACUAACACAAAAGAACUUUUAAUAACUAAGCCUGUCCCUUCUAGUUCAGAAGCAUAACUCUUCAGAGAUGAAGCUGCUCCCUGAAUUAUUGAUUUAACAUGACUAACAUGAUUUAACUGGAUUAAGAAGUUGUCUCUUUUCAUCUAUAGCUUCAUUAUAUUUCUAGAACAUAAGUAACAUAUCAAGCUAAAUACAGACCAGCUGUUAAAACUGUAUUUCAUGUUCUAUAAGUGUAAGUGUUAUUUUUAAAAAUAAAAUAUAUUUAGUGUGUAACCUGUAAAAUUCAACAAUAAUUCAAAGAAUUCUGCAUAACAGUAGCUAUCUAUGUAUCAUGCAGUGCCUUGAACUUUUGGCUGCAGUUGUUUUAUAAAUAUUACAGCGAAGAAUUUAAAUAAUUCCCUUUGUUUCCAUUUCUAUAUUAUAACAUUGUAGGAUUUAAUACAUUUUAAGUAAUUUUUCUUUGCUUCAAAUGUAUCAGGCCCUUUGGCAGAAACCAUAAAUGAAGAAAACUCUCAUCAGCUCACAACUGCAGAAUAUAUAUACUAGUUAAGAUAUAGCUCCAAUACCUUGCAAACAUUUGUGCACAGAAGGAAAUGUACACUUAUGAAUCAUUCCACUGAAUGUAAUGGAACUACCUGCAUGCAAGUAUUUUGUAAAUUUGGAACUGUAUAUUUUCAGUACUCUUUUGAAGUUACAGCAGGAGUCAGUUUCUCCCAUAAAUGUAUGUUUAAUUAUUUUCUUCUUUGUAUUUAUAUUGCAUACAUUUAAUAAAAAAUUAUAUAAGAAGUUUAA